CCCUAGCUCCGCUCCGCUCUCCGGGGAAUCGAAGCCAAGAUGGGAGAAGAACCAGAAGAUAGGAAGCGGAUGACGACGACGACGACGACGACGGCGGCUCCCUCGCCGCGCGAGCCGUUCCGGCGGGAGGGCCGUGAAUCGCACGCGAGGCGCCCGCACUCCUCGUCCAGGCCGCGGCGGGACGAUCCCCCCAGCCCGAGGAGGUGGAGGGAUGCCAGGAGGCAAGAAUCCGACAGGAGCCACCACAGGCGUCGAGCUGAGGAGAGUGCCAAUGCGGCCGACCACGAUGAGAGGAGGAACAGGCCCUUGCAAGCUGCCCAGGCCCGGCGCGAUGACCCUGGCUCCCUGCGCUGGGAGGGGAAGCGACCCGAUGGUCCUGAUCCUGCGCGCUGGGAGGGGAAGCGGCCCGAUGACCCUGAUCCUGCUCGCUGGGAUGGGAAACCGGUGGGCGAUGUGAAGGAUGACCCUCCGGCGAGCCACGAGAGGUCUCCCAGGGGAACCAAGCGGUUUUCCGAGGCGAGAGAGGCCUGGCAGCCUCGAUCUUCGUUCUUCCAGCAUGAUGAACGUGACAGUGCUGGGCAUGGAGGUCGACGCUAUGGUCGCCAAGACUAUGGAAGACACUGGGGUCAAAAUGAACAUCUUGAUGAUAGAGAUAAACACAAGUCUGAGGGACAUGGUUUGCAGGAAAAGGUUGAGCAGGCCCAACCGCAGAAUGAUGUUGAUUCUACAUGGAAGCAUGAUGGGUUUUUCAAGUUGGAGGAAGAAGCUCCUGUUGCCAAAAGGAGGCCAGGAUUUAAGGAGAGGGGAAUGCCACUUGAGGAGCAAGGGUCAGCUGUUACAGAACCGGAUGCAAGAUCACGUAAACCUGAUCAACGUGGGCUAACCUCUGGAAUGGGAGAAGAAAGGAGGAAUUACCACUCACGGGAAUUCGUAAGGCCUGACGAUAGAGGUGCCAGGAGGGGAUUUUCUGAUUACAGGAGUGCUGGUCAGAGGAAUGGGUAUGAUUCAAGGGGGCGUGGUUUUGCUGGUAGAGGGGGAAGGGGCAGAGACAGGUUUGACUACCAGUAUGGCGGAAGAAACAACAUGCAUGAGGAUGCUGGGGAACAAACAGAGAAAUGGAAGCAUGACCUUUAUGAUCAGAAAGACAAUACCCCAGCUCCGAUGACAGAAGAAGAGCAGAUUGCUAAAGUUGAAGCACUCUUGGCGCUGUAGCUACCCUUUUUUGUUGUUGCCUGGAGUUACUUGCGAGUUGAGACAGGUAGACGAUAGCUAUCUUUAUUGUUGCCUGGACUAUGGAGUUGUUCAGAAUGGCUUGAUUGCUAUGUACUUGGUUUUGCUGGUAUCAACGUUAACUAUACAUGGCAUGCUGCUGGUUUGGUAUUAUCUAGCCUUUUUCAUUCUGACGAUGUUCUCGUCCAUUUGAAGUGUAGUGCCUGUACUAAAUAGUAAUAUCAGUUUUAUUCAUAUGGGAUCCAUGUAAGUCUUUGUUUGGGAUGAAAAUGAUCUCUUCUUCCCUUUGGAGGGAAAUGUCUGUUGGAUCUAUGGAACAAGUAUGUUCUUCAACAUGUUAAACUCCCACUAAAUUUGUAUCUGUUCCAAAUAUCCUGAAGUGCUAUCCUAUGUUUCACACA